AUGAAUAACUUAAUCACAGAAAACCAAAAUUUAAAUAUUAAAGACCAAAUUUGUGAAAUUGAAAUAAAAAAUACUAUAGUUUUUAAUAAAAAUAAUAUUAAUAAUAAUAAUAAUAAUAAUAGUAAUAGUUCUAUUAAAAAGUGUUUAAAAAGUAGUUUUAAUGAAAGUAUAAAUGAAAAUAAUAUAUUAACAUUUGAAAUCCAACCAAAUGGGACAUAUAAAAAUUAUUUUUCAAAUGAAAUACCAAAUGAAAUCCAACAUUUAAUUGUUGAGGAAGAAUUAUAUAAACAAUUUAUUGUUAAAAUAAAUAAUAAAAGAUUACCUAUUUAUUAUCAAAUAAUGUUAAUUUUAAUGAUAUUAUCAAUGAUAUUGAUUAUUCCGUUAUUCUUUAUAGUAUUCACAUUUUCACCUAGACUUGCAUUUGGAAUUUGUUUAACUUUAUUAUUUUAUAUUGCAAUAUUUAUUUUAACCAAUGGAUUAAUUGAAAAAAGAAUUGUUUUAAUAUUAACAUAUUUUGUAUUAUAUAAAAAAAAGAAUUAUAAAAUUGAAGAAAUUAUUUUAAAUUAUAAUUCCUUUUUAAUAAAUAAAAAAAUACCUAUUUUAUUCAGAUUAAUUUAUAAAGAGAAUCAUGUUGUACCUGGUUUUGAUAAAAUUUCAAUUGAAGUUACUUUUAUAAAUGAAUAA